GCCUGCAUACUGAAUUAUCGCGAUGAGAGACCAAAACAUGGCCGGAGUGGACAUCGCAAUUGCUCCCACCAUGGUGUGGGUAGGUCAGUCAGUGCUACUAAAGGAUUUCAAACACAGCUACACCACGCCAAACAUCGUGAAAGUGGUCCAAGGAGAGUAUAUGAACAUCGGUGCUAACAGAUCUGGCGGGGAGGAGAAAGAGAGUGAGGUUUUGCUGCACAGUAUUCAGAACACGUCGAAGAUUCUCGCUCUGAAUAUGCGACUGACAGACGCUCGCCGCGUGGAGCAGACAAGCCAGAAGCUGUCCAUUCCAAUGACAUACGAGGGUUGGUUCGAGGUGCUGUCCGAAGAUGGUAGAGUCAUUCGUGCGAUUGAGAGCAUCAAGGACUUGGCGAGGAUCUUCCCGCAUACGUGUCUGGUGAGAGAGAACAUUAAAGCUUACUUGUCCAAGGAGAACGGCGAGAUAUGUAUGGACCAGUGCCGUGUCGUCCAAGCUGGCGAGAGACUGACUCUCUUUGGGAUUAUCAGUGCUACGGUCACCACGCAACAAGGCAGACAAGAGGUGCGGUUCUUACGAUGUCUGGACCUCAAAGGCAUGAGCGCGUACUUCACAUUCGACCAGAAGGGUCUGUUCAGCCCAGUUGCCGGGAUGGGUAAUAUAUCUGGUGUGCACACCAUCAAAGGAAUCCUUAAUAAGUUCCAUCUUCCACUGACUAUAAGAUUAGUGUUCGGGACAUACCCAAAACAGUUGCCUAAGGGUCGAUUCUGCGGGGUUAUUCGCCUGCUGUAUGUGUACCAGGAUGAGACUGCGUUUGUUUGUCCGGCGCGUGGUGAGUACAGGAUGUUACCUAUAUCCACUGAGGUCCCGCUGAAAGUCAUGCCAGCUUUGAACUUUGAUGAACUAAAAGGCAAUAAAGCUAUCAGAAGUGUUUGGGAACGCUGUUCCAAAAUGGCGAGUAGUUAUUUGAACUCGAUCCACGUCCUGUACGACGUGAAUGUGCCCGAACCUACCAAUAAGAAUAUGUCCAACCCGUUUGUGGCGUUGAACGAAGGGACUGAGAAACUGUGGGAGCAGACGAAUGCCAAGGAGCUACCGAAAGAGGAAGAAGAGCAGCUCAUGGAUGAGGUCGAGGAUAUCUACUUGUACGUGGUGCGUCACGGGGUGGCGCCUCCCAUGCAGACGCGCAACUCCUCCACAGAUCCCGGGGAUAAGGACUACUGGGAGGAACCAGUUUACAACACACUGCAUCGGAAAAAACAGAAAGACAGGGACUCGCUAGUUGAUAUAGUUAAACGUAUUGAAAGCAAUCCAAAUCCUGGGAGAAAUAAGGUAUUUCGAUUUCAUCAUCAACCGGGGCAGGAUCAGCGGGCGGCUGGGCGAAGACUGUCGUUCGUUCGGACUUGCCAAGCUGAUGUGGAUAAGGUCGUAGCUAUCGAAGGACGUGAUGAUGAAGAUUGCGGUAAUGACGCGCCACCCGUUCCGCCGAAGCUGUUUGAAAAGUCGCAGAGUCUGGAGAACUUGGCUGCUGAGUCUGUUGAUGAGGAGGCCAGAAAGAAAAUCGCGAUGAUGAGAGCUCGGAGGAAGUCACAACCAGCGCCACUGAUAAGCAAGAUAUUCAAUAAGAAGGACAAGAAAGCAAUCUAUGUGAUGGGUAAGGACAAUGACGGUAGUGGCAGUGGUGGUAGUGGGAAGGGAUCCAACUCAACAGACGAUGAGGCCAAAAUACGGAGGGAAAAGCUGGAGCGAAAAUUGCAACAAAUGUACCUAUGAUAUUGAUGUGUUAUCGUUCGCGAUUAUUUGAUUAUUCUGAAUUUCAAGGGUGGUUUCUUUGCGUCGCACCUUACCCGUUACGAUGGUGGUCAAGACAAUAUUUCAUGGGAUUAACACCCGAGCUGACGUGCUAGUAGCAUCUGCUUGAACCAAAUUUACCCGAUCGGUCAGGCUCACCAGAUAUAUACCUCUCAUCUGGGAAGUUUGAAGUGUCCAGGAGAAUCAGAGGAAAUAAACGAGAUAAGGUGCGGCCUUAGGUAGCCUAGGUUUCAAGCUCGGAUAAAAACUACCGGAACGAGAGUUCGAACUCGGAUAAAAACCAGACAGCUUUGAAGACUGAAAAUAUACUGAGAUAUCAGGGUUUUUGGUUUGAUGCACGUAUUGACUAUAACUUGUUAUAACUUUAUGACUAAACACGUUUACUGGGAUGUCUCGUGACCUUCCACUGUUAUAGAAGGUUAUGUGCCCAGUCAUUGCGCGAUGGUACAAGAUGUCCAAACUAUAAAUCGUUUUGAUAUGCCUAAAGUAUACACAAGUAUAUUCGGACAUUAUAAUAUCAGGCCUUCUCUCAUAUUUACACAUCAUGAGGUAUGUUAGCCUACAUCAUGGUUUGGGAAUGCUUUAUUCUUUCAUCAUGUCUCGGUUGAAUGAUUUGAAAAUACCGACUAUGGGCAUACAUAAAACUUGAUAUCUGUGAUUCACUGCUCACACACCCAAGGAAUAAGAGCAUAAAGAACGGCAAAUAUCAAGGUCGAUAGAAUGAGUUUUUCAUUGAAUGUAGAUCAAGGAGUCCCCAGUCCCCUCUGGUGCAGCAACGCAUACACUGUUUAAUGAACCAUUAUGUUGGGCCACCUCGUGCAGCAGUUGUGAAUUCUGCUCCUUGUCCAAAACAAAACCUGUCAUUCCCGAACAGGGUUGAGGGUGACUCGGCUUAUGCAUCUCAAGAAGUUUAAUCAUACGGUCUUUGUGAGUAUUUUAGUCGUUAGGCUUUAGAUUAGAUCUGCUAUCUGGAUACUGAUCAGAAUCACUCGUCACGUUGUCACAACUAUGUCGCAGGUCGUCGUAAUUAAAAUUGGUCGUUUGCGGACGACAUUUGCCUCUCCGACUUGCAAAUGCUUUUGGAACACUCCUCUACCAACAGCAGAUACAGCAGAUACAAUGUACAAGAAACUUAACAUACCAAAAAAGCACAUUUGUGUUAUAUGUUUAUAUAUGUAAACCACAUUUACAAACCUCAAUAGCCUUAAUAAACAACUUACAUUGACAGCAAUGGCUAUUUACAAAAACUUCAGCAUUGUCUCUUUUGAGGCGUUCUUCACCAUGGAGAAUGAGUUUUCCAAAUUGCCGUGCAUCUUAUCAGGUCUUCCAACUCACCGAUCAGACUCCCCUUGAUAGUGCUUGUUGAGGCCUUGGAGGAUGACUGCCUCAUAACAAAAACAUCCAAAAUGUGCACUCCUUUAAUAGUAAAUUUUCUAAAAUAAACUGUGUCCAUCUGGUGACAUGGACAAUAUGUCAUCAAAUGCACUAAAUUUCGAGGUAUAAAAUUAACCAGCGGGUCUGCUCUGUAGUGCACGCACAAAAUCCAUCCAUGCGUAUAUUUUACAAUUUGUUCGCUUUCCACAGGUCAAACCAGCAGUGCAUUUUUCUUUUUAUGGUAAUAAGGCCUAAAGAAGCUUACCGCCAGUUCAACACAAAAAUAUUUCAUUGAAUGACCCAACAACACAGUUUUUCCAACUUGAUUAAAUAAAUUGUCCUUUCCCAGGACAGGCAAGCUCGGGCAACAGGAAGGCCUGAUCAGAUGCUCGGCAAUUUGGGGAAUUGAUUCUCCAGGGGUGCCGACAGCAGAUAUAAGUAAAAGAAACAGAACACGUCAAUACAGAGAAUAUACAAAAAAGCACACAUGUUUAAUAAUUAUAAUCUUAUGUGUAAUCCACAUUUACAAAUCUCAAAAGCCUUAAUAAACAGCUUCACAUUUAUAUCUUGCAUUGACAACUAAUGACACGAAUUCUUGAACAGCCGAAGAAGUUGUCUACACAACAUGCCAAAUAAUACUGGUCAGAGAUAUCUUCAGAGCAAUAGAACUUUAAUAGGGGUGAGCAUGGCAGAACUGGUCUUUCACCACAUAGACGUUUUGGUAAUAAACCUUGUCUACCCAAUGCAGAGCUUUUGUUGGGCCUCCAAAUUAUGCAAUCUUUUGUUGGAAUGGUUGCUCAUUUUCUCAGACUAGCAAAAUGCAACUUACAACUAUAAAGCAGCGUGUGUUUGAGGUAAGAGAGUGGUUGAGGACUGGAAGUCUCUAGCAAAUAGCAGAUGCAUUUGGUGCGAUCAAUCGUGAGAUUAAAUUGCCACCAACGUCCCCUGACCUCAGCCCCUGUGAUUUUUUUUGUGUGGACAUCUUGUGAACCAAGUUAACAAGUCGCCUCCACUAGAUAUCAAUGACCUACGUGCCAGAAUCGUCGCUGCAGUUGAGACCUUAAGAGGACACAGAGACGUAAUCAGGAAUGCAUUGAGAGCAAUGAGAACCAGAGCUGAAGUUUGUGUUGAAAGGAAUGAGGGGCAUGUCGAAGGACACUGGAGUUAGGUUGAGACAGGAAUAAGCACCCAGAUGUUAAAUCAUUGAAUAAAUUCUUUGCUAAGGA